CAAGAAUGAAGGAAAAGGGGGAAGAACCUCCAAAUUAGGGUUCAUACUUCAUAGGAAAACGCAAACGUAAACCCUAACUCGAGAAGAAACGAAAUCAACACGCGAAAUCCAUCAAUCUGAGAAGAAAACCACAAGAACGGAGAAGAAAAAUGGAGAUUUAAGGGUUCUAAUCGUCUGUUUGUUGGUAACUUUCAUCCCUCUUUGAGUCCUGUUGUUCGUUUGAUUGUUUUCUUGUUGAAAAAGUUUGAUCGGUGAUGAGAGGCGGCAAAGCAGCUCCGGCAUCUCAGGCAGCGCUGCCGGUGACGGUUGGGCCGGGAUCGGGGACGGAAAUUAGGUUUAGAGGGGUGAGAAAGAGACCAUGGGGUAAAUACGUUGCAGAAAUUCGAGAUCCAUUGAAGAAAGCUAGGGUUUGGCUCGGUACCUUCGAUUCGGCGGAGGAUGCCGCCCGUGCUUACGAUGCCGCCGCUCGGAAUCUCCGUGGAGCUAAAGCCAAGACGAAUUUCGCUUUAACGAUUGGGUCAACGGCUCAAAAUCAACAAAACCCUAACGGCCAUCAUCCGUUCUUCGAUGGAGAUACUGAGCACCAAAUCAUCAUUCCACAGAUGCCCACGUGUAGCAGUCUGAGUAGUACCGUCGAGUCUUUCAGUGGGCCGAGACCGCUGAUGAAGGCGGAUGUUGUAUUGCCACCUGUACAAAACCGUCAGACGCAUCCGGUGGUGGUAGAUACCUGUUGCGAUUACUGCGAUUCUUCUUCAUCGGUGGUUGUUGACGAAGAAAGCGAUGCCGGAGAUAUUGUUUCUUCUUCUUUUCAGAAAACUUUGCUGCCGUUCGAUUUAAACAUGCCACCGCCGUUGGAUGAGGUCACCAUUGAAGCUUCGAUUGACGAUGAUCUUCACUGCACAGAGCUUCGUCUUUGACGAUGAACACCUAUUGGGUAUCUCAAUUUUUUAUGUCUGCAGAAAAUGCUAAAAGAAGUUCCACUUACAGUUGAUGAGAUUAAGACUUCAUUAAGAUAGAAAAUGGAAUGGUCGUUUGGUUCUCCAAAGAGAAUUUUUCGUUUAUUGUGUUUCUUAUCUGAUGAAUGAUAUAUUAUGUUUGAAGAAAGCUCUUCUUGGUAUCAAAUUAAGCUUAAAUCUGUAACGCAAUUGCUGUUAAAUGUUCUUGUUAUCUUCUUUGAACAUCUGGUUCAUCUAAAAGAUGGGAGAUCAAGUCCC